UGUAGCGACAAGGGAAAAAAAACCAUAGAACAAAUGGAGACCAAAAGCAUUAGUCAAGCCACUUCCUCAAAGUUCGGCCCCGGCGUCGACUUCUCGGCACUGCCGGAAGGUUGCAUAGCCGGUAUUCUGGCAUGGACAAGUCCUCGCGACGCCUGCAGGAUGUCAGUGGUCUCGCCUGAGUUCCUGUCGGCGGCGGAGUCCGACGCUUUGUGGCAAACGUUUCUACCAGACGAUUAUCAGGAGAUGAUCGGCGGAUCUUCGGAGUCUUCGGCUCGGCUGGAUUUCUCCUCCAAGAAGGAGCUCUUCUUCCGACUCUGCAAUUCUCCUCUCUUGAUCGACGGGGGUAAAAAGAUUUAGCGAGGUGGCGAAUCUAAAACUUGUGUGGUGGCUUGAAAUCAACGGAAAGAUGAAUACUUGCAUCUUGUCGCCAAGGACAAACUAUGUGGUCUAUCUUGUAUUCCAAAGGAAUGAGAGAUUUCAUGGAUUUGAAGGCAAUCCUAUAGAGGCAUCAGUUGGAAUUGUUGGUGGCGAAACUACUACUUGGAUCCGGAACAUGAUACCAACCCCAACUCGGCUCGAUUAGAUGGGUGGUACGAAGUUGAAUUAGGUGAAUUCUACAAUGAAGGAAGAGAUGGCGAGGAACUCGAGAUGAGUAUUAUGGAGGUGAAAACAGGCAAUGCCAAGUAUGGGCUCUUGAUUGAAGGGAUUGAGAUCAGGCCUAAAUUUUGUUCUUAGAUGUUUUUGUGUAGGUGGCAAAUUCUGUGCCUUAAUUUGCAAUGUUAUUGAGUCAGGAGGGCUAAUUCCUGUAGUUAAUAUUACUAAACCAUUGUUCUAGAGCAGGAUUAUAUGAUAUAUUAUGGUAGCUUCUCGA